CACGUCUUCAUGAAUUAGUGCUGCGAGGCAGGGGCUGGGGACAGGAGCGAAAACCCCAGCGGAACCGGCGCCCCAGGCAUGGCGGGUUCGUGCGCAGUUCAGGUAAAGCUGGAGCUGGGGCACCGAGCCCAGGUCAGGAAGAAACCCACCGUGGAAGGCUUCACCCACGACUGGAUGGUGUUUGUCAGAGGACCCGAACACAGCAACAUUCAGCACUUCGUGGAAAAAGUGAUCUUCCACCUGCACGAGAGUUUUCCCCGACCGAAAAGAGUGUGCAAAGAUCCACCCUACAAAGUUGAAGAAUCUGGGUAUGCUGGUUUCAUUUUACCAAUUGAAGUUUACUUCAAAAACAAGGAAGAACCUAAGAAAGUUCGAUUUGACUAUGAUUUAUUCCUGCACCUUGAAGGCCACCCACCUGUAAAUCACCUCCGCUGUGAAAAGCUCACAUUCAACAACCCAACAGAGGAAUUCAGAAGAAAGCUGCUAAAGGCAGGAGGGAUCAUGGUAAUGCCAGAUGGCACAUCAUUCUCUUCAGGACAGAGCCUCCAUCUCCCCAACCUUCCCAGUAACCCCAUGUCUUUUUCUGAAGUGAAGAAGAAAUUAUCUCAUGGGCCAAAGGACCCAACUAGGAUUCUGAACACAAGUAGCAGCAGCAGUAGUAAUAGUUUUUCGAAGACCCACAAGUUAACAAAGGAGCACAAGGAAAAGACUUAUAAAGACUCAAAAGAACAUAAAAGUGCCUUCAAAGAACCUUCCAGGGAACAGAAUAAAUCUUCCAAAGAAUCCUCUAAGAAACCCAAAGAAAACAAACCACUAAAAGAUGACAAAAUAGUUUCUAAGAUGGCCUUCAAGGAACCCAGACCUGUACCCAAGGAGCUGAAGUCUGAAAACACCCCCAUCCUUACUGUAGCAGGUGGGCAGCAGCAAGAAAAGAAGACCCUCACAAAAAGGCCCCCUACUGUGGACUCUAAUGAAACUUCAGCAAAAAAAAGAAAAAAAAGUGGCCCAGAUUUGUUAUUUAAAAGCUUCUCUAGUGCCCCACCACUGAUUCUUACUUGUUCAGCUGACAAAAAACAGACAAAGGAUAGAUCUCAGCCCAAGGUGGGAAGAGUCAAAACUGAAAGUGAUACACUGGAAAGGAAGACACCUACUCUGCCACCGUUUGAUGAUAUUGUAGAUGCCAGUGAUUCUGAUGUGGAGGAAAACAUAUCCUCCAAAUCUGAAUCUGAACAGCCCAGUCCUGCCAGUUCCAGCUCCAGUUCCAGCUCCAGUUUUACUCCUUCGCAAACCAGCAAACAAGGUCCAUUGAGGUCUAUAAUGAAAGAUCUGCAUUCAGAUGAUAAUGAAGAUGAAUCGGAUGAAGCAGAUGAGAACGAUAAUGACUCUGAGUUUGAACGACCUGUAAAUACCCGAGGAGGAAGCAGGAGUCGAAGGGUUAGUCUGAGUGAUGGCAGUGACAGCGAGAGCAGUUCAGCUUCUUCUCGUCUACAUCAUGAACCAGCACCGCCUUUACUAAAAACCACCAACAACCAGAUUUUAGAAGUGAGAAGUCCAAUAAAGCCAAACAAGUCUGAUAAGCAAAUAAAGAAUGGGGAUUGCGAUAAGGCUUAUCUUGAUGAGCUGGUAGAGCUCCACAGAAGAUUAAUGACUUUGAGAGAGAGACAUGUACUGCAGCAGAUAGUGAAUCUUAUAGAAGAAACUGGACACUUUCAUAUCACAAAUACAACUUUUGACUUUGAUCUUUGCUCACUGGACAGAACCACAGUCCGUAAACUACAGAGUUAUCUGGAAACAUGUGGAACCUCCUAAAAAAUUCAGCGUCUUUCUGCAUCAGAACCUGUUCUUUAAAUGACACAUUCAGAAUGAUGCAACCAAAAUAGGGGUGGGGGAAGAAAACAACUCUCUUCAGCUUUAUUUUUACUUAAAGCCAGUGAUCAUCUGUUGAUAAGGGAGAAGAAAUGUGACAAGACUCAGAGGACCACUCUUCUCAAGAAGAAAAUACUCCAGAAGAGUUUGCCUGGGUAGCCUUGAAAAACAAAUACACAAAACCAAACAAAAAUACUUGGUCUUAAUGAAUGUGUAUGAUAUCAUGUAUCUCUCUCUGUGGUGCUCCAGUCCACAAGAUGAAUGCAUGUUCAACACACUGCCUUAUUAUGUAACUGAUCUAUUUAUUACUGCAUACAUGUAUUCUAAAGUUAAUGAGUCAUUGAAUGGUACUACCAGAUGUUGCAAGUAGUGAAGUCCCAUAUGUGCUCUUUUGAUGCAGUACUAUCAGAAGCAUAGUAGUCUUACGUUAAAAAGCCACUUCUUGCAAUCUUUCUCUAGUCUCUAAAAGCACUACAAUCUUGUUUCCACUUCUGCAGUUCCAGGAAACAAGAUACAAAGUUGGGGAUCAAACAAUAAUCCUAUAUUUGUUGCUUCUCUGCCACAGUGGGUUGGACCACAGUCGGUUGGACCGCAGGUCCUUGGUUCUAUCCAUUUAUUGAUCUUCACCAUGGUAGGAAGUGCACCAAAUAGGGUUAUAUGACUUGCUGUCUAGCCUUAGUGAAUAAACCAGUAGGAUUUUUAACAAAAAAUGUUACGUAUACUGUCCUGAAUCCAGAAGCUUUUGCAGCCUACAUUCUUGUGUCUGAUUUAAUGUUAUAAAAUUAAAUAUAUGUGAGUGAAGGUGUUCUGCAGGAUCAUUAUAAAAGAAGAAAUACUGGUCCUGUCUCCAAGGAGAUGUAGAGAAUUCUGAAUUUGCAGCUAUUUAUUUGAGUUUCAGCACUCCUCUGCUGCCAGUGUGUGAGUCACUUACACCAUAAAAUUAUUUGCAUAAAUUUUUUUGUUUGUUCAUAUAGUAUAUGGUCUGCUUACUUUGUUUUGAGGUUUUGUUUCUGAUUUUGUUGGGGAUUUUUACAACUGCUAAAUUAAAAUACUUUGAAAAAAAAAUUACACAGUUACAUGUUAGAAUAAAUACAUGGUAUAUGGCAUAUAUAUGUGUGUGUGUGUACACGUAGACGUGCACCUGCAUAUAUAUACACACACGCACAUAUGUGUAUAUACUUUUUACACUUUCCAGAUUUUGGUAUUUGUUCAGUAACCCGGUUGUGUUUCCAGAAGGAUUUCUUGUCUAAAGAAAUGAGUAUUCUUUCAUGCCAUCCAUUAUUCCUUAAAAGUCAGAAUCCCUGUUUAUGCAUGAUAAAAAAGAGCAUGUGUACUCAGUUUCACAUUCAUCCUCCAAUGCUUUCUUGAUGAAAUGAUCACCCUUCUCUUGGGAGUUCAAAUCCCCCAAUGAAAAGGGAAGACAAUUUUAAAAAUACUUCUGGAUGCAAAGAUUUAUUCAGGUUUAUUAGCCUUAAAAAUGUAUCUUGUUUCUGAACAGGCCAGUAUGUCAUGAGUAUGCUUAUAUGCCACAUGUAGUCUGUAUGUGUAGAGCUAAACACCGUAUCUGUAUGAGUUCCUGUUUCAUGCACAUGGUCUGUGCAGCACUGUAAAACUGAAUUUGUUUUGGGGUUAUUUCUUAUUCAGAUGGUAAAUCCUAAUACUGUUUCUUUAAGUCCAAAGAAAAUUUUACACUUUACUCUUUUUGUGAGGGUGGGAUACAAAUUGGGUUGGGGAACGUUUUUCUAAUUUAAGAUGUUGUUUGACCACACUCCACAGGAAGUCCUUCUCAGGCUUCGUAAGAAUAAGUGUACUUUUUCAGUAAUGUUAUGACUCUUAUUGAUGAUUGGCAUGAAGCAUACUUGAAAUGUUUUGUUCUUCUAAGUCCAUGUCUUAAUGUGCAAUUGGUGGUGGG